GCGUUUAUUGUUGUGAUGGAAACAUUUCUUUUUAAAUCAAUAUUCUGUUUGCUGUCUGUCGUCUGCGAAUGCGAGUGUCACCAUGGGAAUUCACAUCAAAUCACAGAGAACAGCCAGCCGGAGAAUGGGUGUAAAUUUCAGGCAGACCACCCGGCAUUUUGACUCAAUCCGGCUAUGGAACUAACAAGACCCGGCUUGGGAAGGACUCCGUGGGUGACUUUGAUUGUUGUUGCUUGACCCUACAGCCCUGCGCCAACCCAGUCAUAACUGAGGAGGGGUAUCUGUAUGACAAGGAGGCAAUUAUUGAGUAUGUCUUGAAGCAGAAACAAGACUAUGAGAAACAGAUGAAGGAAUACCAUCGCCAGUGUCGCCUCCAACUGGAAGAGGUGAGCCAAGUGAAGAAGACAGUGAAGGAAGACAAGGUCAAGGCUUUCAUUGAGAAAGAGCGUAGUAUCACCAGUAAGCCCCUCAACCCCUUCUCUGAGGCCCCACCCACCAAAAGGGCCAAACUUGAUCAUUCCGAGACCCCAAGCACCAGCAGCAGCAGCGGCACUGCAGCAGCAGCAGCAGCAGCAGCUGUCUCUGAAAACGGCGACAAGAAAUCAGAACUUCCAAGUUUCUGGAUUCCAUCAUUAACACCUCAAGCCAAGGCGACUUUAGUUCAAAAACCUAGCAAAGCAGUUUACUGCCCCAUGAGCAAGAAGCCUCUGAGGAUAAAGAAUCUUAUCCAGGUGAACUUCGUACGAGCUGAUGACGUCAACGACAAGCGCCCUCUGGUGGCCAAGCAGAUCCGGUACAAAUGUGCUGUCACGCAUGACAUCUUAUCAAACAAGACGCCUUGUGCUGUGCUGCGACCAAGUGGGAAGGUCGUCACGAUGGACUGUAUCAAGAAAAUCAUAAAGAAGGACAUGACGGACCCCUUCACAGGAGACGCACUGAAGGAGAAUGACAUUAUCAAAAUCAGAAGGGGAGGAACUGGAUUUGCGAGUGCUGCAGAGUCUUCGCUUGAAGCCAAGAAAGCCAGACCAGUCAUGAUGGCGUCGUGAUUGUUAAGAUUGCCACAAAUCACGUCUACGGCUCCAGGGCCCGAUUUCACAAAUCACUAAGAUUCAUCGUAAGAUGUGUUGUCAGUAUCACCAUGGUGAUUUGUAUUGUGACAUCACACAUUACUAAGCACCUAUGAUUGAUUUGCAGUU